CGGAAAUGACGGGACAAACCCCUUACCGUGCAACACAGCCGUAGUGCGUGAGACAUUUCAGGAAAGAAAACGAAACCGGACGACAAUAAAACGUCUCCUUGAGGAAACUAUUAACAAUGGGGUUCACCGAACAACGCCUAUUUGAGUUUGUUACAGCUUAUUUCUUGAUUGGUAAGCGCACAAAGGGACAAAGCGUUUCAAGACUUCUACAUAUUUAAACCUACACAUCGACGCAUCGUGAGGAGUGUUGUGAAUUGAUCGAGAAACUACUGAAUCUACUUCUAGCAGGGCUAUUUUAGAGCUGUUGACUCACUCAAAAGGUUAGUCCCAAACUUUAUCCUGUUCCAAGCUAAUAAUAAGAAGGUUUGAGGAUCUCUUGCUCUCUCCGACAUUUUCAUACGAAAGAGGUAAAAAGGCCGGCUACCAGUAUCGUAAAUUAUGACAGCGGGUCCGAAGAAUUUUUAAUAAUUCAGUUUAAGUUCCUGUUUGCGAUACUUUUAAUUCGUGAUUAGUAGAGAGCGGUAUGACAGCCUGACAAAUCUGUAAUAAAAUUAAGCACACUUUGUUUAAAUAUAUUUACAACAAAUUUCUUCUACUGAAAGAAAACGAAAUCUGUUGCUGUUUACGAUUUGUCAGGUCCCUUGCUCUCCUUUGAACGAUAUUUUAGGGCAGGAAGAAACUGAAAGCUUUAGUUUAUUCAAACCUCGUGAUUCACGGUAAAAGCGCUUUACGAGUCUGUAAAAUACCAUACCAAGUAACGCCCUCCUGCACCAGCCGUUUCGCGUCACUGAAAAUCAGCAGCUGAUUUCUCAGAAAGAAUAACAAAAUAGGUUUCUGAAGUAUUCACAAGAGAAAUGCUACAAUAACAAGGUUUGUCAGGUCUGUCUCGGUGGAAAGUUCAAAGCAACUCUGGGGAAAUGACUGUGUUUCAGGCCUAAUAACCAAAUUGGUCAAAUACAGACACAGUUCAGUGCAAAAAUAUUAUGUCUCACUCUGAGUCAAGUAGUUGGCCUUUUGGCGUAAGCCGUUAGGAAUUCAUAACUUGACAUCAAUUAAUGUCACAACUAAGUUGUGGAAAGCUGAAUGUCUCCUUCACCAUUCAUCUCUCAUUACAUUAAAAAAAGUCUGCUUUUUGCCAAUUAGACUCAUUUAAGACACUUCAUCUCUCUCUCCCCCUCCCUGACACACUAUUUUCAUCAUAGUUACCGGUAUUUAAUUUUGAGAGCCUCAAGAAUUUUCUUAUGAGACAAAUAAAUAUCAGGCUGUACGCAAGUAUUAGGGCACAAGCAGUAUAUAGGCAAUCCAAGAAUACUGAAAGCUUUAGCACAUGAUUGAUGGACAAGAUUAUCCCUCAUUUGAGGUUGACAGCAAAACAGUAAGUCAAUUGAAAGUAAGCUGACAGCCUUAAGCCUUUAGUGAGCUGUUGGUUCAAUGAGGAAACUGACAAACAAACAAACCCUAUCAUAUGGCAAUAACUAUUUGCCACUAGAAACUGGUGUACAACAAAUUCACAGUUAAUGGCCCCUGAAACCUGCUCAACAGUUUACGUGUACUGUUAACUACAAAUUAUUGAUCACCAAAAAAACAAUGAUAACAACAAUACCAAGAACAACAAAAAUCACAUAAAAUAAAUGUUGGUGUCAACCAAGCAUAGGAAGUUAAAAGAUGUUCCACUGAUUACCACACCUUACACUACAGUCAAUAUGAUGGCCUAUAAUGAUCAAACCCACAAUAUUUGACUAUCAUUCUGGUUGGAUACUUUCAAAUAUGGAAAAAAGCAAUCUGACUAAAGAAUUCAUAUUCAAUUGAACAAAACUAUUGAAUCUUCUAUGAAAGUAUUUUCCACUAUAUUUUUUCCCCUGGAAUUGUGUUCUAACUUUUAAAAAGACUGUAUGAAGAUUCUGGCAUUUACUGUAAAAAUAAUUACCUAUUGUUGAUGCAUAACUUAAAAGAGCAUCAUAUGAGCUUUUAUGAAAGAAUACUCCAUCACAAGUCAUACAUAAUGCAUAAUCCUAAGCACCAACCCUUGGCUUCUAAACAAACUGAUUGACAUAUUCAAAACUUAAUUUAUUUCAUGAGGAGAUGCUACAAACUGUUUUGUCACUGACCAGCAUUGAGAAUGAGGAAAUAAACCUCAUGCAUAACACUGCUGUUCCCUUCAUAUCUGAUGAGACUGUCACCAACAUUUCCUCUCACAAUGUUAUGUGGGAUGAUAAUUGGACAUUCUCAAAUUUGGACUAACUCACUCCAUCCAUCCACCUAGAACAAGCACUUCUGAUGUCUUUAUCUGCUUUGAACUCAUCAGCCACACUUUGCCUAAAUUAUACUAAAUUGAUGUAGCUUAUGAGUACAACUAAAUCAUAUACAUUGUGAAUGAGAUUUGUGAUUAUAAUACUUCACCUUUUCCAAGAGAACUUCAUAAAACCCUCUAUAAAUCUCGCUCAAAUACACAAUUGAGAGAUGAUGUGUAGACCUUAGGUAAAAAUUAACAAAAUGAGGAAGUUGAGGUAAUGUUCUGUAAUUGUGACCUUGCCACAUUAUGCAUGUGGAAAAUAAUUUACCCCUGUAGGUUAACUCUUUCUUAAAAUCUGUGUUUAUUUGUAAAUUACUAGAUAAAAGAUUGUGUAAAUAUGAAAAUAAGGAUUUAAGAAGUAGCCAAAAAAUUUAAAAAUAGUAAUGAGAUCGAUUGAUAGGUAAACAAAUGAAAACCUAUGUAAACAAAUAAUAAAUCGAGUAAUAAAUAAACUGCAACUGAAGGAAAUCGCAUUUAACUGGGAUAAAUCAGGAAAAAAAAUUAAUCGAUUGACUAUCAGACCUCAAAGAAAUAUAUUUUACCUCGAAAUUUUGCGAGACAAAAUGCAAACGCCGAGCUUGUGCUUAGCUUCAUUGCAUCAUUUAAGGACCGUGUGACAAUUGAAGGUAUCAAAGACGCAUGGGUGAUCACUGAGAAGGACGGUUUCUUUUAACCCCUGAGAACUGAGAGACAAACAUGGCGAUCGAGAGUGGAGAACCUCUGGGGAAAACUUCGGUUUCCAUUGCUUAUUAGUGUUCAUCAUUCAGAGGCAUUUAGUCUACCACAGAAAUGGAACAGAAAGAAUGCAACAUUUCCUUUCAGCAGCGCUCGCAAAAGGAGUUUUUUUAACAGCAGCUGAUCGUGACUCUCAGACAGCUGUACAAACUAAACUAUCUCGUGCUCUGAAUCCAGAAUCUCUUGAGGCGUGAUGGUCCAAGGGACUUUCUUUGUUUCUCAAGUAAGCUAUCUACCCCAAGAAAUACAGUGCUAAUGAUUUCAGUUGCAUCAAAUCAAAUGACUGAUUGCAUGCUUAUUGGUAUGACUUUCAAAGUUGAAUCAGUGUCAAAUUAAGACAUAUUAUGACAGCUCUUAUUUUCCUUAAGUUUUGGAAAUGUUUUUGAUUUUUGCAACUGGUAAUAUUCUUCCACAAAUAUCUGAGCAUAUUUGCACAAUAGAUGGAGGCUACAGUUUCUCUGUUAAUCAUGAAUCAAAGCUUAAUGUUUCAGCUUUGUACCUCAGACAAAUAAUAUUAUAUUAAUAAUCCAAUUUGUAUCAUCAUUCACUGAAAUGAUGUAAUUAUCUUCCAGAUGUUAUUGUGCGGCUGAACUCUACUUAUUACUAACCUUGGUUGGAGAUGGGGAAGGGAAGACUGGGCAUAGUUAAGGAGUUUUUAAAUGUAGAGGUGGCAAAUUUUCUAUCCUUAACUCUGUCUCUAAAUUUCAUAUACCCCUCGCUAGAGUACAGCUUGACUCUUCACCCACACUUUUGUUUGCCUCCCACCAGCUUGCAUCUUUAAAUGUUUAUUUUUAGCACAGAUUCUUUGGACCAAGGAUUGGCCCAACUUUCCUGGACUGUAAUGCUUUGCUCAAGAGAUGGUAGCCAACAAACCAUGGGUAGAAAGCACAACACAGUAUAUGCUAAUAUUAGUUGCUGCUGCCUCAGUAAUCUUCCCUUCCAUCAUGUGCCAAGUGUGUCAUUAUAAGGCAAGGAAAAGUAAGUUUUUAUCCUUAUUUAGACAUGAGAAAUUAUGUUAUGAAUGGCAAAGAAAAAUGUUUCUUUUAUUGUGUUAUAUUCAUCAUACAUUAGCAUACACUGUCCCUUUUUGAAAGGUUAAUAACAACUUUUCACCGUAGGCAAAGAGAGUACAGUUGAAUUAUCCCUGAGACAAAGCUGAGGGGAUUAUUUAACAAUAUUCACUGAGCCUGAAGUGCAUAAUUGUUUUAGUUUUGAAAAUCUGCUCAGGUGCUUUUGAAUUCUGUGGAAAAUUCUGUAAAUAAAAGAAGCAUUGUGCAUAGUUUGUCACAAUUGUGAUGAUUACUUGUAUCAAGAUGAGCAAAAAGUUUGAGCAAGUUCAUGCAAUUCAAUCAGCAAAAACUUCAUAUCUUUCUUUUGAAAAGUGUUCUGCCAAAGGCGGUAGCAUAUUUUGUGCUCAGAGUUCCCAAUUGAAUUUCCUUCUAUUGAGCUUAUCACUUCCUUGAAAUCAUUGACAAAAUGUGAGGCAGCCAUUUUGAAAUUUAGUGACCCUGCUAUAAUCACCUGGUGCGAGGUGAUUAUAGUAAGAUGUGAUGUAAUCCUCUACUGAUCAGAGUGUGCUGUAAUAAUAACCCAAGCAAUAUUGUUCUAAAUAUAUUUCUUUUCUCAAUUAUGAAUAUUUGUAAUUACAAUCCAAGCUCUUCUUUUAUGGGAAGAUGCCUCUUCACUUUUUUAUUUCAUUUAAUUUGACUGCUUUUUCUUUUUACCUCUCCUCAAGCUGAACCUAUCAUUGAAAUAACAGCCAGUGAAUUGCGUCUUCGCAAACCUGUCAAUGUCACUUGCAUUGCACGAGAAAAUGAGGUCUAUUCGCACAAGUAUGAUUCCAAGCCAAUUUCAAUUUACUGGUUUUAUAAUGGAAAUGAGGUCAAACAUAAAUGUCAGGUGGGGUUACCAGUUACCUUUCUGACAUGUUCUUUGGUUAUUGACUCCCUGACAUCAAAGGUGCUGGGUAACUACACUUGCAAAGCAAGUACUUCUGAUCUUCACUGCAGUGUUAAACACUAUGAAAUUGAUAUCGAUGGUAAGAAAGAUUAAUUUUAAUAGUGUGAUUAUAAUCAUCUAUAAAAUGAGCAGUUGCAGUAAUAUUAUAUUGGAAUAUCACCAACUAGUAAUAAAUAAAAGUAUCGGUUAUUAAACCACACAGAGCACAUGGAUGACAUUGAAGAACACUGCCAUGCUUUAAAGAAACAACCUGAACAAUUGAACCGAGAAAACAAAAUGAUAAUAUGUCAACCAAACAUCAGUCAACACCUAACUGUUAAGUUAUUCCUCAGGAAUAUGAACCACCUGUAAUAAAAUUGAUGUCUACCAGAGUGUUAGAGAGAGGGGGGGGGCAAAGCAUUGAACAAUAGCUGGGACACAAACUCUCAUCAAGUUUUUUUUAAACACCCUGCUCCCUCCUAGUCUUGAGUUUUUUACAGGAGGUCCAGAUUUCUCAUUUUCAUAGAACAUUGACAUUGAGUUUAAGGAGGAUAUGUUUAACAGGUGUGAUGAGGAAUGUAGUAGCUGAAAGUUUAAAUAUAUCAUCCCUUAACAAUUGAUACAUGUAUACAGCUUUUUUGAGAAACCUUUUUGAAAACCUGAAAGAGCGCAAAACAAUCUUGAAAGUUUAAUUCUGGGUAUCCAGUAAUCAAUAAUUUUUUACAUUUCUACAAGUCAAAGAAAUAUGAAAUAAUUCAUGAAACCUACAAUGUUUUGUCCUUACAGUGAUGUUUUCUCACAUUUUCCUGAAAUGGUGAGGUCAAUAAAUUGUAACCUGAAACUAUCAAAAGUAUCUUUCAAAGUUGUCACACACACUUUUACUCUUUUUUCCUCCAACCUUUCUCAAAACAGCUGUAUGUGAUAUGAUAAUGUUGUGGACUCUGUAAUGAAGUUAUCUAACUUAUAGUGCUGUCAGUAGUUGAAAGGGUAUGCAUGGUUGCUGUGGACUAAAAGUAAUCUUAAAAACUGACUCUCAAAGUCAAGUACUCCACCUUCCUCCUCUCUAGAUGUACUACCUGCAGAGACAACUGAAGCUCCAACUAACCAGGGUAUUGUCCCUGGGCCUAAUACAACAAAAAACUGCAGUGAUUAUGGCAAAAACCAGUGUGUGAGCAACAAGAAUUCUACAAAUGAGACAUCACAAGGAGGAGUACAUAAUGACUCUCCAGAAACUGCUUGUAAGUAUUUGCAAAGAAAACCUGUUUUAACCCGUCACACCCUAACAUCAGUAUGCAAAUUAUCAACACUGUUCUCUAUGCCUUUUCUAAGGUGAAAAAAAGGAGAAUUUGUUUAACAAUCAAGGGCUUCUCCAGUUGAUGAUCAUUUCAUUCCUUCUCUUGACCUUAAUGUUUGACUUGAAAAAUAUUGUAAGAAGAAAUUAGACGCAAGUCACUCUUAGGGGUCAGAAGGGGUAGCAGAUAUUUUUUUUUAGCAAAAAUGUUGUAUUAUUCGUUUGUUUGUGGUUGCUUUUCAACUGAUUCCUGUAAAAUGUUUCGUUCAUUUCUUAACAUAAUGUUGUAUUAUUCGUUUCUUUGUGUGUUUGCUUUUCAGCUGAUUCUCAUAAAGUCUUCUAUUCAUUUCAUAAAAGAAUGUUAAUAGCUGUCAACCAGAUCCAGCAAAUGUAAUACAAAAUGCAUGAAAAACAAAUUUGAAACUUUGAAAACUGACGUAUAGCACGUCUAUGUAUUCCUCUUCAGUUUUAAGUACACCGGAACCACGCAAAUUUUUAAACGCCAGUGGAAGUUCAGAACAAAGCAUGAUCGCAGUCGUGGUACCCAGCGUCAUCUCGACUUUGGUAAUUUUAAGCAUUGGAAGUUUUCUGUGGUUUCGUCGAGGAGCUCGACGGGUGAGUAACGAAUUUGUAACAUUUUUUUUACACAAUUGAUCUUGGGUUCUUUGUGCGGAUAACUACAGCAAGGGCGUAAGGGACUAGGGCGGAGGGGUCAAAGGGUGUUCGUUACCUCCCCCCUUUCUGCUUGUCCUCUUUCUCUUGUUUAUUCAGAAGACACCCUGACAUGCUUGCAAAUGUCGGUAAAGUACUGUCGAAGAACGCCUCUCCAUCUGCAAAAUCAUACCGACAUGCACCCACUAGCAUACUGUAUGUGAAUCUGUCAUCAACCUCUAGUGUAACUUUUUACCUGACAAUUGUGAUGAGGAGGGGGCGGUGGGAGGGGGGAUGGGGCAAACCCGGAGGCAUGAAAGACAGUAUUAGAAAAUGAGAGAAUUGGUGUUCCACAAAUAUUUCGUUUUCAGACAUUUCGACUUAAUUCAGAUGUUGAUGCCAAGCUAUGUUUAUCCUCUCCGCUUCAAGCAUACUUGGCAGAACUUUGUUGAGAUAAUCACUGUUUGUGAUAAAGAGUAAUGUGUAGACUUAUGUAAAUGAGAUUAACAAUUCAAAGCACCACUUGCCAAGCGCCAAAAGAUGCGUAAUGUCUUACAUCUACUAGCUGUCAAAAUCCAGGCAGAGUACAAGUUCAGCUUCUUUGCUUAAUUUUCUGGAGGAGAAUCGCUAUAGAUAAAUGUUUAAUGUCAUUUUAAACUUCAAAUCCCACCCAAUAUCAAAAAGGACUUUUUUUUUCUUGGAUGUAGAGAAGGGACAAUGAAAGUCCUACUUCUGCCAAUGCAAGUGAAUAUCUUUUGGAAGUAAUACCACUGCAUGAUAGGUCCUCAUCCCAUGGCUCAACCGCGCCAUUACGUUUGCUAGAAGAAUCCGAAACUACGAACAACUCGAACCAUAUUGAGACGUCUCUAAUACCAGAUAUAGAGCCUGAAACUUUGCCUCCGAGUACCUCGGUCAAUCCUGUCCGGUAUUCAUUGUUAACGGAAAUAUUGGUUGAGAAUCCUAAUAAAAAAUGUUUCCAUGGUACAAAGUGGAGCUCAGAGCGAAACGAUUCAGACAAUUUCCGUCCAGAAAGACCACCAAAACCCGCCAAAAAAGAUAGCACAGAAAAGCAGAUGAACUGUUUAUGCAUGACAAUGGCAGAAAACUUAGGAACUACGCAAGACAAUGUAACAAGUAAAGACAGUGGUUAUAAUAGCGCAGAGAGCAGAGAGAGCAUUCCCGAGAUGCCUCUGGAGAACAAGAACACCUGGCAAAUCGAAUUGGAUGAGCUAAAAAUCCUUGAUAAAGUGCUCGGAAAAGGAGAAUUUGGAAUCGUUAAAAAAGGGCUUUAUCGUGGUAAAGAGGUGGCAGUGAAACAGUCUAAAGGUAAGAAACUGGUAACGACUUGUCUUAUUUUCCAUAUCUAUUGUUUGUUCUUACGUGUAACAGACAGAGCUUUGUUUCAAUUUUUUAGAGGCGUACUCCUUAGUUCCAACACAACCUCAUAGAAAUCCUUCACAAGGGAACAAUGUCUAGAUUUCCACAAUGAUUCAGUCUUUAAAACAACAAGAGUUUGUUUGUGUGUUUAUAUGAUAUAUCGUUCUUAUUUUUUAUUUACUUAUUUUUAAUCUUGUCACGUGGUUUAGUUACGUUUUCAAGGUGCAACAAGGACGACCUACUUAAUGAAAUAAAGAUGCUGAAGCAGGCUGGAAGACAUCCAAACAUAGUCAGUUUUAUUGGUGCCUGCACUCAAGAAGGUAUUUUGUCCUUUUUUCCAAGCACGAUCUGGGAGAAAAACGCUGAGUCACGAUAUACGAUAUACGAUAUACAAUAUAUUUUUUGCUGGACUCCUUUCAUUCAACAGAAUGUAGUACUACUUGUACUUAUUGCACCGGACUUUACGUUUUCCCCUUUAUCAUCAUUGCAAAUACCUAAGAUACAAUUAACGCAAUUGUAAUCAAAUAGAUGAAUAUAACCACUUUUUGAAGCAGAAAACAAGCUAAGUACUUGUAAAUUGAGCUGUGAUCCCUUCAGGGAAAGUACUAACAAACGUUGUUUUUCAGUGUGUUUGUUUUAUGGAAACUAACACUCAAAUUUGGCUCACGAGUUUGAAGUUCAACAGAUCUAUGUUUUUAACCCUCAGAUAAUAUUCUGCUAAUAACAGAGCUGGUAUCUGGAGGUAGCCUUGAAAGUCUGUUGAGGUCUAAACCUUGUAAUGGCGGGCAAAACCAAUAUGAGAACUUAAACUGUGGGCUAACUGAGCGAGAGCUGUUGCAAGUUUCUCUUCAGGUGGCCUGUGGAAUGCAACAUUUAGAAGAAAGAAAGGUACGACAAAGGUUAACCAAGAAUAAAAUUUACUCAUUGGGGGUGAACUUUUAUUUUAGCAAGCCUGUGGUGGCGUUUGAUACAAGAUCAGGACGACAAGGCCCAAGCCUUGGGCAGUUCACUGUGUUGUGUGCUGUUCACUUCACAGAGUCUUUCUUCUAUCAGGAAAAUAAAUGAAAAUCACAAAAAGACAUCAGGGCAAUGUUAGGAAAUGCUAGAAGUUUGCUCAUAAUGGUGACACAGUGAAGCAAGAAAAGGGUAUUAAUAAUCACCACAAGCUAAUAUAGACUCAGUGGAAGCGAAAAUAGAGCAUCACAUUUCCAUUGAAAUCUAAAUUUUACCAGUGUGAUUCACAGCAAGUAUGAGAAAGCGAAACAGUGCUUUUUUUGAACACGCAAUGGAGGCUUGUCGCUUUUUUGAUCCCCCACUUUUCAUUUCGUCAAGUGCCUGCGUGUGAAUCAUAAAUCUGUUGACACGUGUGUCUUUCUCUUCAUCAGUACAUUCAUCGCGACCUUGCGGCGAGAAAUGUUUUCAUUGGUAAAAACAAGGUAGCAAAAGUAGGAGACUUCGGAUUAGCGAGAGACAUUUCAGAUGGAGGCAUUUACACCAAGACUUCUGAUGUGAGUACAUUUAUAAGAUAUGUAGAGGUCGACGCUUAUCGUUUCACUUAUCUUUUUAACUCAGCAUAUCUGUACUCUCUUCAACAGCUACUAUUAGAAAGCUUUUUCCAGCUUUUGUAAGGUAGCGUCCUAAUAGCUGUGCGCAGUUGGAAGUUUAGAUCUUAAACAAAUAAACAGUUAGAACAUUUUUAGUUUUAAAAACCUUGAAAUGAUAAAACAUUGUAUCUACAUUUUAAUGUAUCUUUGUUUUGUCAGGGCGGAGUUCCAUGGAGGUGGUCUUCUUUAGAAUCAUUAAAAUUUAGGGUUUACACCUCCCAAAGCGAUGUGUAAGUUUAUGAUAAUUUUGAUGUCUUACGCGCUUUGAAAGUUUUUAUAACAAAAUAUCGAAUCAGCACCCUUUUCGAAAAAGCGGACUCCCCCCCCCCCCCCACACCGUUUUCUAUAAUUGUAGGUAUAUCGAUCACUCUACUUUCUUUCUUUCUUUGUUUUUUUAUCCAAUGUAAUCGAAUCUACAUGUAACUUUAUAUCAUUGCGAGACAACAUUACAUUACUUACAUUAUCCAAAUUCACGAAAUGGUGCAUUCGCGCUAGCCCUGUUUCAGUUUGAAGACAUGCUAAUUGGGAAAAUUAUUAUUAAUUAACAGAGCUGCUAUCAAAACCUUUUGGACAAGCUUUCUAUCGUACAGUUUUGUUUUUAUUGUUGUUUAUACCCCUUUUUUUUGGGAGGGGGGGGGUGAGACCAUUUAAAUAAGCGUCUUCUCAGAGUGAACAGUUCCUCCCAUGUGAAAUACAAAGUAAUAGCUAGAAACGUAGUGUUUGAAUUAUGGGACAAACUGCGUCAGGUUAGCUUUAUGGAACUGUUCGCCGCAAUUGAUGGUGGACUCUCGUAGAAUUCUUUUGUAGUUGAUUAGAGUCGCAAUUAUUUUAAUAGGUAAAAUAACUCAAUUAUACAAUUUUUUUCUUAAUGAUAGAUGGUCGUUUGGGAUUUUGUUGUGGGAAAUUUUUACUUAUGGUAAGUUUGUGUAAACAAUUUUUAGAAGAUAUUACAUACCAAUUGUUCCUUUGAAAUCAAACUGAAAUUAUUUUUAUGCAUGUCGUCAAAAUUAAUGUCACUCCCAUCGAAUAGAUAAUAUGGCGAGACUGUGUAUUUCAUUGUUGUGCAAGAAUGUUCUUAGAUGUGCCUUUCAAAUUGCUCGCUUUGUUCCAGCUCGAGAAAAAUUCUUUGAUGUAAGAUUUUGGCCAUACAGUAGGAAACGUGCGUUGUUUAGAUGGUUGUUUAUGAGUAUCGGCCUCGUUCCAUUUUAAGGCUCUUAGUUCUGAAAAAAAAAAAAAGAACAAAACAAAAAGACAACUUUGUACAAGGAAACGAAUGCAACCAUUUCUUGAGUUUAACACUUACAUAUUAUCCUAUCAGGUGAGGUUCCUUACCCUGAUAUAUGUGCAAUAGAGGCCCUCAUUACGUGGCUAUCGUCUGGUAACCGGAUGCCUUGUCCUCUAAAUUGUUCCAAUCAACGGUGGGUUAGAGAACUAUCUGUAGCGUCUUCUCGACCUUGGUCAUUUUCAAGCAGUCAAUUUCCUGAAAUGUUGUUAACAGACAGAUUAGGAUUUGACUAAUCUCUAGUUGUAUUUGUAGGUAUAAGUUGAUGAAGUCCUGUUGGCAAGAAAAUCCAUUAAAGAGGCCCACGUUUGCAUGUAUUGUAGAACAACUGGAAAAGAUCUUAAGUUUAGAAUACAAGGUAUGUUUUCACGUCCAGAAUGAAACUUUCCUCAUUUUCAUUUUAUUUGCUUGUACAGAACCAUUUUCCACUUUGGGUUGUCUCUGUUUACCGCAGUAAUUAUACUCAUUGACAGUCUCUUCGGUUGAACGGCUAACUAGUGAAUGGACAACAAACUAUAUGUUCAACUUUGUUCUACCUCGCUCUUUUUUAGUUGAUUUGUUCAUCUUUUUCCGUUUCAGAGUGAGUAUGCUAACCUUCAGAGUGAUGACUCCGGUAACCAAGAAGAAGUAUAGAAAUUCGUGACAGAGAAGACGAUAUAUUCAUACAAAACUGCAUAUAGAACAUACCCAUCAAGUUACCACCAAAUGUACGUGUUAUACAUUUACCGUGUGGAGAGAUACACACAAGAGGAAACAUUAAAACCUUUAGAGAAAAUAAAAAGUAUAUUAAUAAUUUUCACCAAAUUAUUUUAUUUAAUUUAAGUCUGUUAAAAUAACUUCUCUGAAAUUUCUUUCGCUAAAAAACGUCUUAAAGUCUUACAUAUGUAAAACUAUAAUUGUAAAAAUUACGUUAUAGACAGAGAGUUGGAAAUUUAAGCUAAAACUAUUAUAACAAUAGAAAGAAAAUUCAAGACUGUAAACUGAUUCAAAAUUGGAUAUGGAAAAUCAGAGAAAUCGGAAUAUUUUUUAUCUUUUAUUUCUCCUGUUAAUAAACUUUUCACUUUUCUUUGGUGCAGUGCUGAGUUACUUUUCUAUAGCAAUUGACAACUUAUGUAUCAUUGCAUUUUCGCAGAGUUAGUAAUCAC